AAUAAGUAGCACAAUUUCAUUUUUGCGAGGUUUUACUAAUUCCCUUCUUGGCGAAUAGGGUUGUUACGUUGCAGCUUGCAAAAGCUUGUCGAUUCUUUGGGUGAAAUUUUGCCACCGGCGGAGUCGCCUCGUCGUCCACCGACCUCAAUCCGCCGUAACUCCACCGCUGCAGCUUCGAUUUUCCCGAACGUUCGUUCUGAUGCUCAGCCUCCACUGCACCUCGUAGCCACUGCAGCACCACUCCCAGUCAUACAUCGUUGCCACUCUCAUGGCGAUUCCUUUUGGGAGGAUCACCAUUCUCGUUGGAGCUGGUUCAUACACAGUAUUGUUGGCUCUGUUCUGGCAAAAGAGGGACGCCUGCCAUAUGUACAAGAUUUCGUCUCAGGUGCCUUUAAGAUUGCUCUAAGGCGUAUCAGUCGAGAUGACUCUAGCACGUCAAAAAGCAAGCCACACAAUGACUCUUUAAUGGCUCAGGUAAAAAGCUUACGUGAGGAACUGCAAAUGUUAGCAUCAAAUCGUCAGAUGACAAUUGUGACUACUGGCGGAAGAGGGGGUAGAAAAUAUGGCGUAAUCAUUCUUGUGGUUGUAGUAGGGUAUGGGAUCGUUUGGAUAAAGGGAUGGAAACUUCCUGAUAUGAUGUUUGCUACGAAGCGUAGUCUAUCUGAUGCUUGCACUUCCGUUGCUAGGCAGCUCGAGAAUGUUUACUCAUCCAUUGCGGCUACAAAGCGGAAUUUAUCUUCAAAAAUGGACAGUGUUGACAAAAGUUUGGAUGAAACUUUGGAUGUCACUACUGAUACACAAGAACAGGUCUCAGAACUACGAGGUAGAUCAGAAACUUUUGGCAGGGAUAUUAAGUCCGUUCAUCAUGCCGUCCAGACAUUGGAAAAUAAACUUUGCACCUUUGAAGGAAAGCAGGAUCGAACGUAUGAAGGUGUUAAGAAAUUGUGUAAUUAUGCUAUCGACUUGGAGAAUCGAAGGACUGCAGAACGUACUCAGGCAAUUCCUUCUGGUCCCUCCAGGCAAGUUCUUGAACUCCCUCCAACACCUUCAACAAAGCAGCAAAAUCGAUCGUUGCCGAUUGGCUUUUCACCGGAAGCACUGUCUCCCUCCGAGUCUAAUGGUUCUUCUGACCAGGCUCAAGUUCAACGGCGAUCCCUCCAGAAUACUGUCUCAGACCCUGGCUUGAUGUCAAUAGCACCUACAGAUUCAACGGCUCCAUCAAGUAGCAGCCUCGAUACAAUGUCGAAUGGGACUAGUUCAUCAGAAGCUACCAAAAGCGAGGCUGGGAAUUCUGGUCUUUCAGGACUUGGAUUUCUUACCAGAACGAGGAGUGCAAUGAGCGCAGUAUUCCGCCAUUCUCGCCCCAGUGUUCAAUCUUGAGGAAGUAUUCUUUUUGUAGAAUUAUCUAUCGACCCAACUGGACGCCGGUUCUUUGAGGACUUGUUAUAUAUCUAAAGCUAGCAGUGCCUAAUCCAGAUGAAGAAGGUAUCGUAUAGUUCUGGUGGGUACAGAAUUUUGUAGUUAUGAUUACAAAGCUCCUUUAUUUUCUCUUCUUUUUUGUUUUAGGUAUCAAAGUGGUUAUUCUAUAUUUUUUGGUUUUACUUUGUCUUACGAUAAUAAAGUAUUCUAAAUUGUAAUGUUAUUUAUGCAUUCUGAAGCCUUUUCCCCCUUUUUCUUCUUAAUCUAUGGGGUUCUUUGCUUGA